UCUCUGUAACCCAAAUCUCAAUACAAAAAAAGCAUUAACUCGGAACAAAACUCAGAUUUUCACCGGAGACAACGAUGACCACGGGUACACCACCGUCGUCUCAAGCAUACGGUGAGCCGUGGUAUUGGGACAAUCGCUACGCCCAUGAAUCAGCUCCCUUUGAUUGGUACCAAAAGUACCCCGCCUUAGCUCCCCUUAUUCGCAUUUAUGUCCCCCACCGCCAUCAGCGUGUUCUCGUCGUCGGCUGCGGCAACUCAGCGUUUAGUGAAGAGAUGGUGAACGAUGGGUACGAGGUUGUUGUCAAUGUCGAUAUCUCCUCUGUUGUCAUCGAAGCUAUGCAGGCCAAGUACUCCAACUGGCAGCAGCUAAAAUAUAUUAAAUUGGAUGUACGAGAUAUGAGUCCUUUUCAAUCUGGUUCCUUUGAUGCUGUUAUCGAUAAAGGGACUCUUGAUUCUAUCUUGUGUGGAAACAAUUCCAGGCAGAAUGCGGCUCAAAUGCUCGAUGAAGUCUGGAGGGUCCUCAAGGAAAAAGGAGUGUACAUUCUGGUUACAUAUGGAGCUCCGGUAUAUCGUCUCGGCUUGCUGAAAGAAUCGUGCACAUGGAGCAUAAAACUGCAUGUGAUAGCGAAAUUUGGACCCGAAGGAAGUUCUGAACAACCAGCGAGGGAAUUGACAGACCCAAUCCCGUUGGAUGAGAGUGGAAGCUCGGUGGAAGAUGUACUCGGAAAGAACCCCGACGUCCAUUACAUCUAUGUUUGUACCAAGCUACCCAAGGCAAAGCAAUGAAGUGGACAGCGACGAGAAUGACGAGGACGAGGUUGAACCGUUUGUGCAAUUCUUUUUCGCUGUACCUGAUUGUUGCAGGCUUUAGUUUCUGUGGUGUUCUGUUUCAUGAUACCCUGAGCUUAUUCAAAUUUAAUCUGCCCAUAACCUGUCUAAGAGCAUAUGUAAUAACUGAACCACUUAAG